CCUCCCACAGCCUCUUUCUUCUCCACCAUCUGAUGUGCUGUCAGGAAAACUCUGGAGGGAAAGUCUCUGUCUGGGCGGAGCUUCAACUUUGGGGACUUUGUUCGAAACAAACUGGACCCAGCAGAGUUUUUCCUCUGCAGCCACCGGUGGCUCUGAGGCUUCAGGACUUCCAGUUGGAGCCGCCAGCAGCGACCCUCAUGGCUCUGUUCAAGUUUCUGUGCGCCAUCAUCACCAGGGCGAUGUUCAUCUUCGUGUCUCUGGCGGGAGUCUGGAGGGUGACAGGAGUGAAGGAGGAUCCCAGAUACUGGUUCCUGACGUUCCUCUUCUUACCGCUCGUUGCUGAGAUGAUCAUAACUCUGAAGAGGAGGAAAGGACAAGACUACAAAUGGUUCUCUCCUCCCGUCUUUCUGUUCCUCAUCAGUAUCAUUCCCUCCAUCUGGAUCCUGGAGCUCCACCACCAGGAGCACAAAGACAGCAACCCUCAGUGCAACAAGCUCGACUCUGAGACUCUGCAAAAAGUGAUCGCUCAGAACCAGACCCAGGGAAACUCCACCUUCCACAGUUCCCUAGAGGAACUUGAACGUGUGUUGUUGUCCGUCUGCCCCAAUGACUGGAUCCUGGCUCUCCAUCAGAUCCUGCUCAUCCUCCUCAUCGUGGGGAAGUGGCUCCUCCCACGGGGCGGCGGAAUCUCCAGAGACGAGUUAUCUCAGCUUCUUCUGAUUUUCGUCGGCACGGCGGCGGACAUCCUCGAAUUUACUAGCGAGACGCUGUCAGAUAUCCGAGACGACAGCCUUCAGCUGGUCUACAUCAUCUUAGGGGUAUGGACUUGGAGCAUGUUGCAGUUUCCCCUCCAUCUGGCCGUGGUGAACUCCAAGAACGACAGCGAGGGCGAUGAGUACGCUGAGGAGACGUCCCUCUUGAGUAAACACAGCACCAACAUAUGGAGCGUCGUGGAGGCUUUGUUCAUCCAGGACGGGCCUUUUCUGGUGGUCCGGCUCACCGUCAUGACCUACUACAAGGUCUUCCACCAGAUGCUGGUUUUCUUUGCCAUUAAGAACUUCCUGGUGGUGAUUCUGAACUUGUACAGGUUGGUUGUCAUAUGUCAGGACUUCAGAUCGUCCAGGAGGAGCAGCGGGACGAGCUGCCCCGUACCGUGAUCCGACUCUGGGAGCACGGAGAGACGUUACACCCAACAUUUUACAACUACUGCAGACUCGUAAAGAACUGCAGUUUGGAGCAGGGAAAUAAACAGAAUACUUGGUUUCUGUUUUCUCCUUGCAAUUUCCUCAACUGUGUGGAAUCAGUCUGUUGUGAAUAAAUAAUGCUGUUGGAAGCAGAGAAAGUGUGAGCAACCAUUUUCUUACAGGCUGAAGUUCAGAUUCACACACUUGACUGCCAAUUCAUGCACCCCGGCGACAUUACAGCUUCUCUAAACCUUGAAGAGAACACCUUUUAUUUAGUACUUACAUGUGAUUAUGAGCACACAGACAAGUUUCUGGUUUAACCCUCGUUUUGUCCUGCGGGUCAAAAUUGACCCAGUUUAAAGUUUGAAAAUGUGGAAAACAAUAUAUUUUCACAGUGAAACUUCUGAUGUCCACAUUUUCAACAUUUUUGGGAAAUCUUUGAACAUUUUUUUUAAAAAAGAUGUUAAAAAUGUUUCUUAAGAACAUUCACAAAAAAUCAACCAAAAUCCAGUGAAUUUCGCUGGAUUUUGGCAGAUUUUUUUUUUGUGAAUGUUCUUAAAGAAAAUAUUAGAAGUUUUACUGAUAUAUAUGUAAUCAUUUUAGAUAUUUUUAGGAAUUUUUGAAAGAUUUUUACUCAUUUUUUGAAAAUAUUUUCAAGAAUUUUCUUGCCAAAUUUGGGGGAUUUUUUCAAAUAAAACUUUUAAGGGAAACUUUUAAGGAAUUAUUGGAAUUUUCUUCCUGAAGGUUUUGCAAACUUUCAGAAAUUUGGGCAAUUUUUUUGCUGAAUGUUUGGAUUUUUUUUCAGACAAGGAAACAAUAUUUUUUAGUGUCCAUAAAUGAAGACAACGGGAGGGUUAAUUGAUGUGACAAGCAGCAGAUAGGGGACUUGGCAGAAGAAGGAAGCGUGGCAGGAAAAAGGUGUGGGGGUCCAAGAGAAAAAUAUCCUGAUCUGAUUACAUGUUAAAUUGCACAUUACAGAGCCUGCACUACAAUACAGUGCAUGAGAAUAGCUCCAAAGCACAACCUGUGUUUGUCAACCUCUAGUACUUGAAGCCAGGCUGCUGAUUAGAUAACGAUUUGGCAGAUUUCUAACAGUUCUGUGCCCGGCGUCUGGCUGAGAGGGCAGCAGGAGCAGGAAGAGAGGAAGACGGAGCGAUAUAAUGGAUGACACAGAGGCUGUGAAGUGUUGACAGAAGCUGAGAUCGAGGGAGAGCAAUUUUCCUGUCUGAACCCAGGCAGGAAGUUUAAACUGAUAACAAAAAUACAAUUUCCAUCCUUUGGUAGUCGGCUGUUUGAAGAAAAAACACUGGAUAAUCUUUGAUUGAUGUUAUUUUGUACCUCAUGCAUUAUUUCUCUGUGCAAAAAAAAAUAGAUGUGUUCUACAUUUGAAAAAGAAAAAUUACUUCCACAUUUUGGUAGUCUAUUGUAAUUUUGUGCCAGUUUUUUUAAGCAAAUUUGAAUCACCCUGUUCUAAACACAAACCCUCCAAAGUGACAAAAUCUACUGGACAUAUAAAGAAACACAUUUUAACAGCCAUCAUGAGCUCUCUUUAAGGGUUUCUCCAUUUUAUUUUAUUUAAAACAGUCAGAUUCCUCAUCAGACACACAAUAAAUACAUACAAAUGCAUAUGUGCCAUUCACCAAUGCAUUGUGGAUAUUCUGAACACUGUUUUAAGUCAGAAAAACGCUAAAAAUCCAACAAUCGACAAAAUUAAGACCAUUCAGAGUUCUUAAUUUGUGAAGAGACCUGUUUUUUAAACUCAACUUUUAAGAAAUGAUUGUGUCAUUAUGAUUAGUGAUAAAUGACAGUCAAAAUGAAAUGCAUUAAUAUUAGAAGUAGUUUUAGUUAUUUAAAGAAGACAAAAUCUUUUUUUCCCUUUCAUUCUACUGUAUUGAAAAGCUCAGUAGGUGGCCUUUUGUCUCUUUUGUCUACUAUAACAGUUAAACAGAUCAAGUGCGAUUUAUACAUGAUAUAAAUAUAUGAUUGAAUAUAUGAUAUAAAUAUUGUAUUAUCGCAACAAUUUUAAAGUUUUAUUACAUUUUGUUCCUGAAAUCCACCUUGAAUCCUCCUGCUGGGCUCAGAAUAACACAGAAUUAUUUUGCACAGCAAAGGUUUGAUCCAUAUCAGAACAAAGACUGGAUUAUCUUGUCGAUUUCAGAAUUAUAUUUUUUUGUUUGUUUGUUGUAGAUAACCCAUUUUUAGUCGAAUCUGAUUAUAUCACUUCUGGCCUAAGCAAUGCUUUCCUUACUGAGACUCUGAUGGUUGUGACAUAACGGAAAUUAGCUUGAACUUGUGCAAUAUCUUUAAGAAUAAAGAGACUGAACACAUAAACUGCACUUAGGUAACAAGCUCUGUUUGAGUAACACAGGCUUUAAAACCACAACUUACUGUGAAGGCUUAAUAUAGAACUGCCACACAAACUGUGUAGUUUAAGCUGUCAACAAAGAAAGAAACAGCAUGUUAGAAAAACGUAUUGUUACUUCUGCUAUGUUUUAUAUAUAAAUUUAUAUAAUUUUUCAACCCCUUUAAAUCCCUUUUUUAUUGUGUCAUAAUGCUGUUUAUCUCUCAUCUAAUAAUCAUGUAUAUACAUUAAUGUGGCUCAUCCUCACUUUAUAGUCUUAUUUCUAAAAUAUUACACAAGCAGUGCUUUUAACCCUCCUGUUGUCCUCAUUUACAGGCACCAAAAAAUAUUGUUUCCUUGUCUGAAAAAAAUCCAAAAAUUCUGCAAAAAAAUUCCUCAAAUUUCUGAAAAUUUGCAAAACCUUCAGGAACAAAAUUCCAAUAAUUCCUUGAAAGUUUCCCUUAAAGGUUUUAUUUUUUUUCUUUUUAAAAAUCCCCCAAAUUUGGCUAGAAAGUUCUUGUAAAUAUUUUCAAAAAAUGAGUAAAAAUCUUGCAAAAAAAGUCCUAAAAAUAUCUAAAGUGAUUACAUAUAUAUCAGUAAAACUUCUAAUAUUCUCGUAUUAAUGAAUGAAUGUUCUUAAGAAACUUUUUUGACAUUUCUUUUUUCCACCAAAAUUUUUUUAAAAACUUCCCAAAAAUGUUGAAAAUGUGAACAUCAGAAGUUUCACUGUGAAAAUAUAUUUUUUCCCCACAUUUUCAAACUUUAAAAUGGUUCAAUUUUGACCCGCAGGACGACACGAGGGUUAAAACACUGUUCUGAGGCAUAUACUGUAAUAUUUUACUGUAUAUUUUGGACAUAAACUCUAACACAAGCUUGU